GAGGUUAUGCCACUCUCUUGUUUACAAAAAUAUUGAAAAAAAUGUUCGAAAACGCCCCCGAAAAAGACAAGUGCUACAUUUGCGUGAACUGCGGUAAGAAAGUGAAGAGUUUGUUCAAGAAAUACAGCGCGAGCGUGCUAAAAUUAACCGAUUGUGAAAGCUGCCAUAACGUAGCCGACAAGUACGUAGAGUACGAUGUUGUGAUAAUUAUCAUCGAUUUAGUGCUUCUGCAGAAAACGGCGUACCGACAUGUCUUAUUUAACGUUGAUUUUAAGAAUUUCUGGAAACUCUCUGUGAUUCUUCUGUUAAUGGAAGCGUACUCCGAACUCAUGCGAAGUUCGCCUGAACGGGUCAUAAAAACCAACGAAGAUGAGAAACCGUUUUUGAACGAGUUUAACGAAAUGGCGGACUUUUUGUUCUACAAAUUGAGUCUCAACGUAGCUAUAAAAACCAGCUGUUUUAUGUUGGUUUUGUACUUCCUGACAAAAAUGUAUUGCAAAGUCUUAAGGAGAGAUGUGAUUGAUUUUGUGUCAGUUUGGAAGACUUUGACCAUAUCUAGUUUUGGUACGUUUCUGCUUCUACCGUCGCUUAUGUGGGACACUAGCGUCCAAGAAUUCCAUCUCUGUGUUGUGUCCUUGUACACCACAAUGUCGCAACUUUUGGCAUACACGGCUCUUUGCAACUGCCAAAAGUUCUGGAGCAUCAUCACCAUCUUCAGCGCCUAUUAUUGCAAAACGUUCUGUUUCGACUUUUUAGACGCAGUGUACACAAACAUUGUAAACAAUAUUUAAAAUAAAUCUAGAACGCGUC